AUGGUGGUGGGAUGGGACACGGCGGGACAGGAGCGCUUCCGCACCAUCACAUCGUCCUACUACCGCGGCGCACACGGCAUCAUCGUCGUCUACGACGUGACGGACAACGACACCUUCAGCAACGUCAAGCAGUGGCUCCAGGAGAUCGACCGUUACGCCUGCGAGGGCGUCAACAAGCUGCUCGUCGGCAACAAGUCGGAUCUGACCAACAAAAAGGUCGUCGAGUACGCCACCGCCAAGGAGUUUGCCGACCAGCUCCAGAUCCCCUUCCUCGAGACCUCGGCCAAGUCGGCCACCAACGUCGAGCAGGCCUUCUUGACCAUGGCAAAGCAGAUCAAGGACCGCAUGGGCAACUCCACCGUCAACAACCAGACCGGCGCAAAGUCCACGCUCAAGGUCGGCCAGGGCCAGAACGUCUCGCAGCAGUCCAACGGCGGAUGCUGCUAG